AUGGCUCUGACUUCAACGCUGGUGGGCCGCUUCCACCGUUGGAGCCUGACCAUCCAGUCGUUCCUCGGUCGGGUCGCUCAAGGCCUAGUUCUGAAUCGGCUGGCCACAUUUUCUUCAGGACUUCUGUGCAUACAAGACACGUUUGGGUCCGAAAUUGCCAUGGUCGGCAGUGCCAAAGCACAUCAUUUUCAGGCGCCGGCCAUCCUCGUCGUCCACGAUGACUUCUUCUGGAUGCGCGUUCUGCUGUUUGGCGAUAUUGGAUUUUCCCAGAGCUACAUGCUGCGAGAAAUUUCGACCCCAAACCUCACUGCUGUCUUUGAGUUCUUCGUGGAGAAUGCUUCGAAACAGAGUGUCUUUGCCGGCUGGCGUGUGGUUGGCCUCUUCAGCGGCGUGACGCGCGCCGUCUUUAAGCGCGCCAAUAACAUUUCGGCCGCUAAGCUCAAUGCUGUCGCGCACUACUCGCUUGGCAACGACAUGUUUUCGGCCUUUUUGAGUCCGGACAUGACAUACUCGGCGGCGUUGUGGCUGCCGACCACGGAUCCCCGUUCGGCGACCGAGACGCUGGAGGAGGCGCAGAUGCGCAAGCUGCAGUAUGCCAUUUCCUCAGCGCGCAUCAAGCCGACCGACCACGUUUUGGAGGUCGGCAGCGGCUGGGGUAGUUUUGCGAUUCUUGCGGCUAAAACGACGGGAUGCCGCGUCACGACGGUGACGCCGAGUCUGGCGCAGAAGCGGCUGGUCGAGAGAAGGGUCGCCGACGCCAAACUGUCGGACCAGAUCCAGGUCUUUCUCGGUGACUACCGCGAGGUCAAGUCGCUGAAUACUAAAUUCGACAAGAUUGUCAGCAUAGAAAUGAUUGAGCAUGUCGGCCACAAGUUCCUAGACACGUACUUUGCAUGCAUGGAUCGCUACCUGAAAGACGACGGCGUAGGGUACUUUCAGUGCAUCACCAUUCCCGAAGCGCGGUACGAUGCAUACAUCAAGGGCCAAGACUUUAUCCAAAAGUACAUCUUUCCAGGCGGCCAUCUGCCCACGGUCAGCGGCAUCGUUGCCAGCAUCAAUGCUGGGUCCCGGGGCAAGCUGGUUGUUGAAGAAAUCCAGUCCUUUGGUGGUCACUACAUCAAAACGCUGCAGUGUUGGAGGGAGAAUUUUCUCGCCAACUUUGAAGGGAUGAUUGCUCCGGCGCUGCGCAACGAGCACCCGCACAUGACAGACGCCGACUUGGAAAUUUUCAAGCGGAAAUGGGACUACUAUUUUUGCUAUUGCGAGGCGGGGUUCAAGACGAAGACGAUUGGCACUAUUGGCAUCACGGUCGGCCGGGAGGGUGCACUGGAGUUAUUAGAGCAAAUUCCGCAGAUUUCGUUGAAGGAAGAUUAA